ACAGCCAGGAAGACUCCAGAACUCUUGCCUCCAUCAGGCUCAGUCACCCUGUUGCUACUUGCCAUCGUGAGGAUGAACAGGGGGCCUAAGAACGGAGGGAAGGCUGAGAAGAAGUCAAGCAACAAGGAUCCAAUCCCCGCGAGGCGAAGGAAGAAAAGCCCAUACGAGCCAGAGCUCCGAGGACUUGGCCAUCGAAUUUCCCCCCUUCCCGGCCAGGGACAAGCACUGCCGCGGAACGCAGCAGCAUGCCCGGAAGCCACAGCCUUGGGAUCCUGGAGACGGGGCUGGAGCAGUGCUGGAGGAGAAGACUCUGCAUUGCUGCACCGCCCUCUUUGCCCCCGGAAGCCAGAAGAGCGUGGAAGAGAUAGCGAGCCGCAGGUCCUUCUUCAGAUUCUUGCGUUGGCCAGGGACCAAGAAGUACAGCUCAGCCGCCUGCUUUCUAAGGACCCAGUCAGUACAGAGGACCUGGAGAAGGUGGCGCAGUGCAGAGCAGGGCUGCUGGGCCACUAUGAAAGAGUCAUCCUCUCUGAUGUGGGCUUCUCGGAAGUGCAGAACGUGAGCCAGGCCCUCUGGAAGAAUGCUUUCCAUCAGGUGAUUGAGAGGUUAGGGCAACUCCUUCGGCAUCCAAAGACCAUGAACCCAGAGCACAUGCACGAGAGGCUCUUGGCAGUCUUGGACCAGGGCACUGCCUUCUUUGAGAGUUUGCUGGAAAAACUCCAGAAGCAAUACAGGUUUCGGCUGGCCGACCACACGGAUGGAUUGGGCCUUUGCACCAAGCCGUCAGAGGACCCCUUGAAGUAUGCCUUGACCUGCGCCCAGAAGUAUAUGAUUUGCCUAGGAGAUAUCGCCAGGUACCGGGAGCAAACCAGGGGCGCAACGAACUUUGCGCAAGCGCGAAGCUGGUACCUCAAAGCUCAACAGAUUGAUCCCUCAGACUCCCGCCCUUAUAACCAGCUGGCACUGUUGGCGGUGUACACCAAGAGGAAACUGGAGGCGGUGUGCUACUUCAUGAGAAGCUUAGCUGCCGCCAGCCCAAGUGCUUGCAGCCAGAAAAACCUCGCGAACCUCUUGGGAGCAACCGAACGCAAGGCAGCAGACAGAAGCAGGCUGGCGAUGGGGAGCAGUCCCGGCGCCGGGGACCUUCAGCGAAGUUUCACCCGCAGUUUUCUCCAAGCUCACCGCCAGUUGUUUACAGGCCAGUUGGAGACGUUUCCUGAAGUGGCUGAUCAGGUGCUCCAGACUUUCCAGCUCCUCCUACAACAAAGUCCCGCUUCUGUAGGAAAUCCCCAAAUGCUGCGCCUCGUGACCAUCAACAUCUUCGCUGCCCACAGCUCUCAGAAGACGGAGACGUCCUCAGAGUCACGCUGUCCUUCGGUCCAGGGAGAAGCUACGGGGCUAGGACUGGCCAUGUUUAACGUGCUGGUGAGGUGCUGCACCUACUGGCUGGAGAAGUGUCCUAGAGCUCCCGUGUCCCCCGCAGAAGGUGAGGAGAAAGCUCGUCAAAUCAUGGUUUCCUCCUUCAGCCCCGCCGUCAAAGCACUGCUCCCCAGUGUGAAAAUUUGGUCGGAAUGGAUGCUCAUCUCGAAGGCCGCCUGGGACCCUACUCCCACCACCCUGAAGCCUUACCCAGAGGUUUCCAGGGACGUGCGGGGGACUCUAGAACUUCUCUGUCAGACACUGAUGACAGUGAAUACUUCGGAGGUGCCCUUGUACAUGAAACCGGGCAAUGAACUCAUCCUUCUCACCCUGGAAGAGGACCGGCUCUUCUCGGGCUUCGCCCCCUUACUGGCCGCUCCCCGAGACCCCUGCUACCUGAAGACAAACUCAGACAAGGUCGUGGCGGGGAACUGCAGGCGAGUGAGCUUGUUGAAAGAUUUGCUAGAAGCCCUUUGCCGCCAAAGGAUGAAUCCUUGGCAUCCAGAGACUGGCCAUGCAAGAGUAGUGGAAUGCAGGCAAAGGCAGACAAAGGAAUCCUUGGAAUGCAGAAAUGCAGGGCCACCUGAGGCCCUGGCACCUGCUGCAGACUCAGUCAAGAAGGAACUGCAAAGACAGCAGCAGCAGAGAAGACUGGGACUUCAGGAAGAUUGGAAAGAAUUCACAGACUUGUUUGUGGAAGGUAGGGGAGCUCCUGGCUGUGAUAUCAGGGAGCUGGAGGCCAAGAAGCUGGUGCUGGCCAAAAAGAUAGCUGAAGAGGAGCAGCGUCGAGAGAAAAUCGAGGCUAUUCUGGAGGCGCCUGCUCAGGACAGGCAGACAGAAGAAGAGGGCUCCACUGAAGUACAUGGGGAUCUGGCCGCUAGAGGAUGCCUGUCAGCUUGGGGCUGGACUGAAUCAUGGGCAGGUGUGGCCACUGGAGGAUACCUACUGGCUGGUGCACAUGAUCUCCUUUUCCCUUUCCACCCAGCUUCACAAAAGUUCAUAGCAGAGGCUCAUUCAUCAAGUAGAAGUCCAUAAUGUCGUUUUCCCAUUUGAUACCAAGAAUGGUCAUUAUUUCUGGCACCCACUCAAGGAAGACAGAAGAAGACAUUCAAAGAUCCCAAAAAGAGGUUUAAUAGAAAUCACAGACAGAGGCACACAGGAAUGCAGAUAGAUAUAUAAGAAAGUCAUCAAGAAAACUCAAACAUAAACACCAUGAAAUAAAAGCUUUUAGAUGGAACAUCUGAGGAGUCUCUGCAGGAUCCUUGGAGCCAGGAAAGUCAACUUGCUGGAGAGUGAACUCUGGCCAGAUUUGGAGAUGCCUGUAGCUGCCAGAAACUACAGAACCAGCCUUGAUCAGCUCAAGGGCAAUCUCGAGCAGAAGCUGCAGCCUCCAGACCUUACUCAGGACUUUCUUAACAUCCCACUGCCUGGCUUCUUCUGUCUACACAUGUCCUCUCCCUGAACCUCCACUCCCCUGUGAAAGCCUCUAGAAACUCCAGGCCUUUCCCCUACAAGUCUUUCUCUCAUACAAUAAAUGUGUUUCAUCAGU